AUGUUUUUUUUAGACCUAACAGUAAAUUUAAUUUUUUCAGUAUGUGUAUUUUUCAUAACAGUUAAUACAAUUCCAAAAGUAAUAAAAGUAUUUCUUAAUGCUAGUUUAUUCGGUAUAGAUGUAAAUAAAGCAACCGGUGAUAAAUUACCCGAAGCCAUGGGUGUUGUUGCCGGUUGCAUUUAUUUAAUAUUUAUGUUCCUUUACAUACCAGUACCAUUUAGCGAUGCUUUUCUUGUUGAAAAGAAUUUUCCACAUAAUGAGUUUGUGGAAAUGAUAGCAGCCCUAUUAUCAAUAUGUUGUAUGUUACUUUUAGGAUUUGCUGAUGAUAUUUUAGACUUGAGAUGGAAACAUAAAUUAAUUUUGCCUACAAUUGCAUCAUUACCAUUAUUAAUGGUAUAUUAUGUUAAUUUUAAUUCAACAACUGUAAUUAUACCCAAGAUAUUAAGGUCUCUUAUUGGAUAUUCUGUAAAUUUAGGUUUUCUAUAUUAUGUAUAUAUGGGAAUGCUUGCUGUAUUUUGCACAAAUGCCAUUAAUAUAUUAGCUGGAGUUAAUGGACUUGAAGUCGGACAAUCAAUUAUAAUUGCCAUAUCAAUUGCAUUACUAAAUUUUAUCGAGUUAUUCGGUGAUCAUUAUAAAGCUCAUAGAUUGUCACUUCAAUUUAUACUACCAUACAUUGCCAAUUCGAUUGCACUCCUUAAAUAUAAUUGGUAUCCGGCAAAAAUAUUUGUUGGGGAUACGUUUUGUUAUUUUUCGGGAAUGACUUUUGCCGUUGUUGGAAUUUUGGGACAUUUCAGUAAAACGAUGUUGCUUUUUUUCAUACCUCAAGUUUUCAAUUUUCUUUAUUCUCUUCCACAACUGUUUAAAUUCAUACCGUGUCCGAGGCACAGAAUGCCCAGGUUAAAUAAAAAUACAGGUUUACUCGAACCAAGCGUGACAAUAAUCAAUAAUUCAGAUUCGAUGAAUUCAAUAUUAAAAUUAUUCAUUCGUUUACUCUCUGGUUUGAAAUUACUCCAAGUGAAAAAUGAUGGAAAUUCAUUAAUUAUUAACAAUAUGACGUUGAUAAAUUUGUUGUUGGUUUGGAUGGGUCCAUUACACGAAGCAAAAUUGACUACAUAUUUAAUAAUUGUACAGGUGAUUUGCAGUUGCAUUGCAUUUACCAUACGAUAUCCGUUGGCAUUUUUAUUUUAUGAUCACAUUGGAUAA